AUGGGAGGGGGAUUAGCAAGAGGCUUCAGGCCCCGAGGCAGAGGGCCCGUUUCCUGGUCUGAGCCCCUGUUUGUCCUGGCUGACCUGGCAGCUCUGGGGGCAGAUCCUGCUUGGAUACUGUCCUGCUCCCACGCCUGUCUGAAGCUGUUAGCCACUGGCUCAAAUGGAGCACCUAGCCAGCCUGGGGAUAUUCAGGCUGCUGGCAGGACAACAGUUUCAAAGACUUGCCCAUUAAACUGUGAUUCUAUGAUUUUAACACAGAGACCUAACUCGGGCAAACCUGGCAGUGCCAAAGCUGCAUUGGGCCCUACAGCUAACGGAAAAUCUAAGGGACCACAUCCGAUGUAUAAGACGUUUCUGCAGUCAACCUUCUCCGAAGGACACUGCAAUCGGCCUGACUUUGAUAUUUCAGACAUUGAGGGUAAAGCGGUGCUCAAAAGUGCUAAAGAAGCUGACAGUUGCCCACAAGAUAAGUGGUGGAUUGAGAAGCAAGCAUUGCUCCUAACUUUUCUCACUGCAAAGAUGGAACAUAACACUGACAAGCUGAAGGCCAAGGAGGAGGCAAGGCUAUUGCACAUGAUGGAAGUAGAUGAGGCGCUAUACAGUGAGAUGAUGGAGAAAAAGCGGCAGUACCUCCUGAUGGAGAAGCGAAGACUGGCAAAUGAGCUGCUGGAUUUGCAGAUUUCUGCUUUGACUCCGGUGGCAGAAGCUGCAAAAGACUUCACAGAGUCAUACAAGACUUUGGCCUCUGCUGUUGACACCACACGACAUGAGCUACCUGUCAAGAACUUCCACAUUGCUGGUGACAGGCGGGAAUUUCUCAGUAAAGCAGAGGCUUCUUUGCAGGAGAGUGAGGUACUUCUGAGAGAAUGCACAGAAGGAAAUUAUGAGGACAACCGUGCUGUUCUGGAGUGCCUUAAAGGCAUAAAGAGUUCCUCAAAAGACCUAAAACAGGAGAUGGUUGGGGUGACUUCAGAACUGCUGGAACUGUCGUCGCUGGUCUCUCGUCGCAACGUCCUAACACAGAUGGCUGUGGAGGAGGAGAAACUUGGAGCAGCUAGAACCCUGGAGCUCUUCUGUAAAAAAAUAUCUUCAUGA